AGCCUUGGAGGACGUCACUAGAAGUAGCUUAAAGGGCAAAAAGUAAAACGGGGAAACAUUUUCUUUCGUUUUCUCGGGGACCAAACACAGCCUUGACGUGAUGAUAUAAUUCUCGUCAAACAUAUUACAGUCAUCACCACCAACCCAUUAAAGCACCAAAGCGACAAAAGGCAUAAUGGCAUCGUCAUCAUCUUCACUAACUGAAACUAGGAGCCCCGAACUCCGAAAGGAUCCGAUUAAUAACCGAUGGGUCAUAUUCUCACCUGCCCGAGCCAAGCGACCCUCCGACUUCAAAUCUAAAUUCUCAGAAAACCAGAACUCUAACUCCAGCUCCCCAUGCCCUUUCUGUAUCGGCAACGAGCAUCACUGUGCUCCCGAGAUAUUCAGGGUCCCGUCCAACCUGAAUGUCGACUGGAAGAUCCGGGUCAUUCAGAAUCUGUACCCCGCGCUCAGUAGAGACAUUGAUGGUGAAAAAGAUGGCGAAAUAAGUGGGGGAUUUCCGGGUCGGGUCGUACCCGGAUUUGGCUUCCACGAUGUUGUGAUUGAGGCUCCGGUUCACUCGGUUAAUUUGUUGGAUCUGGAUCCGACAGAGGUUGGUGAGGUUUUGCUUGCGUAUAAGAAGAGAAUUGAACAGAUUAAAGAACGUGAUUUGAUCAAAUAUGUUCAGGUAUUUAAAAAUCAUGGUCCAUCAGCUGGAGCAUCCUUGAGUCAUUCUCACAGUCAGAUAUUGGCUCUUCCAGUUGUUCCUCCUACUGUCUCUGCACGACUUUACAGUCUGAAGGAGUAUUUUGAUCAGACAGGAAAAUGUGGCCUUUGUGAAGUUCAGCCAAAAGACCUCCUAAUUGAUGAAACUUCUUAUUUCACUUCAAUUGCUCCUUUUGCUGCUACUUUUCCUUUCGAGAUAUGGAUUAUUCCUCGAUAUCACUCUUCACAUUUCCACGACCUAGAUAGUGAGAAAGCCACUGAUCUUGGAGGAUUACUGAAACUCAUGCUUAGGAAGAUGUCUAUGCAAUUGAAUAACCCACCUUUCAAUUUCAUGAUCCACAGUUCUCCACUUGAGGUCACUGAGGCUCAAUUACCAUACAGUCACUGGUAUCUACAGAUAGUUCCUAAAUUAAUUGGUGUUGCCGGGUUUGAAAUCGGAACAGGGUGCUACAUAAAUCCUGUUUUCCCAGAAGAUGCUGCUAAAGUUUUGAGAGAGGUAGCUGUGAACUAAUUAUAAUCGGAACAGUUUCCUAAAUCAUAUUAUCAGAAAAGAAAAUAGAAUUUAUCAUCGUUUCAAGGAAGAUUCUCAUUCUGGUGAGUCUAUUUGGAAUUUCCUGUUAUACUAAUUCUAUAAGCGGGAUGGCUUACAGGGUCAUUGACAAUGCAAAUACUGGUAAAAAUUUACUGAUUGUGGCUUUAAGGAGCCCCUCAUGGGGCACCUAUGUAGUCAAAGGUUAUUGUUUCUUGUUAUCAAAGAUUGUAAGGCUGGGCGGACUUGAGUUUGAAAAUGGGUCAGCUGGAGCUCCACUUUAGAACUUGGGUUUUCAAAGCAAGUAAGAAAUGUCUGAAUAACCAAAAAAUAAAUCUUAUUAAAGUGAUGUUAUGUAGUUACUCAU